UUUGACAAAAGACAAUCCAACCAAAAAAAGUACGUAAACGUCAUCCACCGGAUAAACUUCAAGAUACAAUUUCGUGUUUUGAAAAAGUAAAUAAUUACAGCUGAUAAUAUAGAAUAAUUACUAGAUUGUCCCUGUAGUUAAAAUGGAGAACUGGAUAAGCGAAAGUCUUUCCAGAUUAUUGGAUUUUCAAGUCCCCGAUGACCUAAUCCAGUUUAUAAUGUCCAUAGAAAAUGAAAACGAUUUAAAUGAAUAUUUAAAAACUCUUCUUGACUUCGACAAUACCCAACAUAAAAAUUUCUGUUUGGAACUAGUGAAGAAAAAGUUUCCUCAAAGAGGUAGUUCAUUACCAAAGCAACAGAAAAAGAAGAUAUCCAAAACCAAGCAGCAGCAAGAGUUUGUUACCCAACCUGAAGCCAUCCAAUCUCCGCCAGAGCCUGAGGGGAAAGUCAAGAAGAAGACCAAGUAUGUCAACCUGUACAGCCAGGAGGGGAAGAAUGCUCAGGUUGUCCUCUUAAAAGGAAGACACCAUGCGACUGCCAGGGCGUCUAAACAUGAGUUGAUCAACAACUGCCUGCAGUGUGGCCGUGUGGUAUGCAAACAAGAGGGCUCUGGACCAUGUCUCUUCUGUGGCAAUUUGGUGUGCACACCAGAAGAGCAGAGAGAGUUGAACUCAAAGACCAAAGCCAGUGCCAAGUUGAAGGAGUCCCUGCUAGAGAGAAGCAGACCAAAAGGCUGGGAGGCAGCAGUCUCGCACAGAAACAGGCUGCUGGAAUAUGAUAGAACCAGCGAGCGUCGAACCCGCGUCACCGACGACGACAGCGACUACUUCAGCGCGAACAGCGUGUGGCUCAGCGCUGCCGAGAAGGACAAGCUGGAUAAGUACCAACAGUCCCUGCACGAGAAGAAACACGCUUCCCGGCUCAAUAAGAAGAUGACGUUUGACUUUGCUGGACGUCAAAUAGUAGAAGACAAGACGAUAGACCACGACGUAGAUGAGGAGAAGAUUAGGAACAUGACAAGCUCCAACACGGGCAGGAACUUGCAACAGAACAAUAUGUUUGUCAGAGUGGCUUCUGACAGGGAUGUGGCUCCUGGCAUCAAUGCACCGCUAUUGCAGUUCGAUCCGUCAGUAGAAGGCGAAGGGUACGCGGCAGUAACAAGGUCCUCCGGAGUGUCGACUAUAUCUCGUAUACAGGACGCGGAGAUACAAGAGAUGAGCGACACGGGCCGGUGUCUUUCCAUGCACCAACCGUGGGCUUCACUACUCGUUGAAGGCAUUAAAAUGCAUGAAGGGCGCACGUGGUACACGAGCCACCGCGGCCGUUUGUGGAUUGCGUCCACAGUGAAGCCGCCCGACCAGGACGUCGUCAGGGCGCUCGAGAACCAGUACAGGGUUUUGUAUCCAGGUAAUUUGACUUAUUAGUACAGUGGAGACCGG